CAACGAAUCAGUUGACAUUUGACAGCGCUUGCGAACGGUACGCUAAAAGCUCUCAACGCGGCGGUUUUGAAAAGUAUAAUGCAUAAAUUAAAUGAGUUUAAAUGAAUACUCGCGCAUGUACUGUUAAACAAAGCGAUGGCUAUUCCAGACUAUUUAUUAGUAGACUGUUGUGAGAAAAAGUGAUUGUGUGGCAUUCACACGACGAAAAAAUUAUUAAAUAUUAAAAAUAUCAAGCCAAAUGAGGGAACCAAACUAGUUGACAGCAACCAACCCCGAUUUCAGCAGAUAGCAGUAGUAGUAGUAGCAAUUGUUGUUGAAGAGCAGCCACAACGUCAACAUGGACGCCGCAUGUACCAACGAACAGCCGAGCACUUCCACCGCCUCGAAGCAAGUGAAAAUCAAUGACUCCGCAAAUAAAUCCGCCACCAUUAAUACUGCCACCGCAACGGCGGCCAGAGAGCAUGCCGCUCAAGUGGCCACGCGCACACCCACGCUUGCGCAGAUCGGCAAGCAAACAUCGCAUAACUUUCGACUUUCGCAAAUCUCCGAUAGUGGCGCGGAAAGCGGUGACGAGCAGACACGUCUCAUCCGUUCACCCUCGGCACGUCCGCAUAAAUUCAUUAUCAUACCCAAUACACCACCAACACCCACCGGCACGGCCGCAGGCAGCAACAGCAAAGAAUCAACGCCGCCUUUUCGUCAGACCAUCUCGACGAGCUCCUUAUCCGCACUGGCUGCUGCUGUGCAGAAGACGCCUGCUUCAGGUCAGCAACCGUUACAACGCGCGCGUUCGGUGGCACGUCAGUUAUCCGCUUCGGGUGCAACUUUCAACACUACAUCUCCACUACCAGCAGCAGUACCAGUCCAAUCACCGCCGACACUGGCCACAACAGUUAAUCAACCGCUGCUCGCACCGCAAGCUGCGCUACUUCAUUCGACACCCGCUAAAUUAUUAACACGUUCAACGCCGCAAUCACAAUCGGAUGUAGUUCAUCAGCCGUCUAAUAAAACAACAAAUACAAAGGCAGCUACAGCAGCAGCAACAACAACAACAAUGGCAGCAUUGCUUAAUAAUAAUUCAGCUGGCGUGACAUUCACAAUUGAGGAUUGCGAAUCGGACAGCUGUGGCGGUUAUGAUAGCUCGGGUAGUGCUGUUGGUCUCGGUGCCGGCGGCUAUGGUGUGCAUAGAGCUGGGCAUGAAGCAACCGCAGCAAUCAGUUCAAUUAAAUCCGCGCCAAAACUUACGCCCGGUUUUGCAAUAGCCGGCACACAAACGCCACUCUCUUCGUCAACCACAACGCUAGUUACAGCAACCACAGCGCCAUCGGCCACCGCUGGGCCUCCCUUUUAUCGUAGCGUUUUGUCACCAAGCGAAACGUCUCCAUAUCUGCAAAGUUUCUCACGCGGACGUAGUGAGCGGAGCAGCAUGCGAUCAGUGGUGUCAGCUUACAUACCCGGCUCCCAGGAUCCACUCAGCGAUGCUCUCGCUCAGUAUGAAAUAAUGGAGCAACAACAACAACAGCAACAACAUUAUUUACGACCCAGCCAUUCGGGUAAAGAUUUAAGUGCUAGUUCCUCAUUCAUCUUUCGUGAUCAGGUUGCGAAUCAAAUUUAUUCGGAUGUGACGUCCGUACGUUCAUUAGCAUCGAUUGGCAUCGGUUCGACGGAUGGGCGUAGAUUAGUGAUAAGACGUGUGCCGCAUACACCGCAUGAACUAUUCAAUAUGGUGCAUCCACCGACCCCACCUCUUCCCGGCGUUGAUGACGACGAUAAUGAUAGCUUUCUGGAUGCCUCUGAUGAUGCGGCCAAUUUAAAGCCACGUCAACAACAUUGGGCCAACAAAAUGCAGUUCGUCUUAGCCUGCAUAGGAUACUCAGUAGGGCUGGGCAAUGUCUGGCGUUUUCCCUACAUGUGUUAUAAAAGUGGAGGAGGUGUGUUCUUAGUACCUUAUUGCAUUAUCUUAUUUAUCUGCAGUAUUCCUUUAUUGUUUAUGGAAUUAUCAAUUGGUCAAUAUACUGGGCGUGGACCAAUUGGAGCGUUAGGACAGCUAUGUCCGCUCUUUAAAGGCGCUGGGCUCGCUAGUGUGGUUGUAUCAUUUCUAAUGUCAACCUACUAUAGUGUAAUUAUAGGCUAUUCAAUAUACUACUUUUUCACAUCAUUUAGGCCAGAUAUGCCAUGGAUUGAUUGUAAUAAUAGAUGGAAUACGCCCGAUUGCUGGGUGCCUCAACGUACUAAAGAUGUAUUUGCGCCAAACACAUCACGAACACCAUCGGAGGAAUUUUUCGAAAAUAAACUGCUUCAGAUAAGUCCGGGUAUCGAGUAUCCGGGUGCAAUGCGCUGGGAGUUGUUUGUCUGUUUAAUAUGUGCUUGGCUUAUGGUCUACUUCGCCACAUGGAAAUCAAUUAAAUCUUCGGCGAAGGUACGCUACUUCACCGCCACAUUCCCUUUCAUACUAAUCAUCAUACUAAUGGGACGUGCAGUUACACUCGAGGGAGCCGAUGAGGGUUUACGCUUUUUCUUCCGCCCAAAUUGGUCCGAAUUAAAGAAUGCCAAUGUAUGGAUUAAUGCAGCAUCGCAAAAUUUCAAUUCUCUCGGCAUAACGUUUGGCUCGAUGAUCUCAUUUGCUAGUUAUAACAAAUACAAUAACAACAUUGUACGCGAUACAGUAGCGGUGAGCGUCGUCAAUAUGUUGACCAGCCUGCUGGUGGGUGUAUUUGCAUUUGCGACACUGGGCAAUUUAGCAUUGGAACAGAAUACGAAUGUGCGCAAUGUAAUUAGCGAUGGACCCGGUCUGAUAUUUGUUGUGUAUCCACAGGCGAUGGCGAAGAUGCCGUAUGCCCAACUAUGGGCGGUAAUGUUUUUCUUCAUGCUCCUCUGUUUGGGUCUGAACUCGCAGUUUGCCAUUGUUGAAGUGGUUGUAACGUCGAUACAAGAUGGUUUUCCCAAUUGGAUAAAACGUCAUUUAGGUUAUCACGAGAUAGUUGUAUUAUUUGUUUGCGUUAUCUCAUUUCUCUUUGGUCUACCGAAUCUAAUACAGGGCGGCAUCUAUUACUUCCAACUGAUGGAUCACUAUGCUGCCUCCAUUUCGAUUAUGUUCCUUGCAUUUUGCCAACUAAUUGCCGUCGCUUGGUUCUACGGCACUGGUCGGUUAUCGAAGAAUGUCAAACAGAUGACCGGAAAAGCGCCAACAUUAUACAUAAAGACGUGUUGGUUCCUGCUUGGUCCUUGUUUGCUAUUUGCAAUUUGGGUACUCAGUUUAAUUAAUUACGAGGAGCCUAGUUAUCAUAAUGGCCGCUAUAAGUAUCCGGACUGGGCUUAUGGCAUUGGUUGGUUGUUUGCCUCAUUUUCACUCAUUUGUAUACCUGGCUAUGCUAUCAUAAAUUUACUACGCGCUGAGGGCCGCACUUUCAUGGAGCGCUUAAAGAAUACACUGCGACCCAACAUUUACGAAUGCCGCAUAUGCGGCGAACAUCACUGUGAACACGAUUUCCCAGAACAGGAACAAUAUAUGCUUGCACAGGAGUUAUCGGGCAUAUACAAGCCGAAGGAGCAUUUGGAUCCCAACACUGUCUCGAUAAAUCACUUAACUUUAGGCAAUAAAGCAGGCUAUAAUCCAAUGUAUCUAUCGCCCGAAUCAGCAGAAUAUACAUACGAGGAAAAACCGCGACAAGGAGAGGAUACUCAUUUGGCUCCACCAUCGCCUGCAAGCACAUCCACGGCCACUGGAAAUAAUAAAUCUUAAAUAUAAUAUGCAACAUGUUUUGUUUAUUGCCUUCAUGGUGUGCAUGUACACUCGGCUCAAUUAGUAUUCAUAUGUAUGUAUGUAUUUAGUUAGCAAUUAAAACAAAAUUUAUUGAAAA